GGUGACAUAGUAUAAAUGCUGGGUGCAAGUAAGGACGUUCUACAGAUUCAAUGCAGAUAAAUGAACCGGAGAUUCUUGGGAGAGAAAUGGAACCCUUAACCUGUCGACCACGAUAGUUCGCUCUCUCUUUACUUAAAAUUCUCGAAUGAAAGGAAUAAAAGAUAGAGCUGUUCUACAAUGAAUGAAAGCGGUGAGCUAAACAAAACAGACAUAAACACAACUAUCAUCAACUCUGAGCUUUAUAACGCAGGUGACGAUUACAUUGUAAUGAUAAUGACUCACUUUUACUUGUAUGGCGGUUCUAUAAAUGUAGCAAUUCUGAUACCUACGGUGGCCGUACUGAGCUGUUGCAAAUCAGUAUGGAGCUACCGUAACACGAUACACAUCAACCUCCUCGCUAGCUUUCUACUUAGGUUUACCACGGAGUUGAUCUUUGUUGGAUCUCUCUAUGCUGGAUAUAUUAUUGAGGAACUGGGUAUGAAAAUCAUCUACUACAUCUUUAACUAUGUGUGUUUGGCCACCUUCAUGUGGAUGCUGGUUGAAGGACUCUACCUGCAUUUCAUUCUUGUCUUACGGCCCUUCCAAGACAGCAAGCCACCAUUUUUACUUUUCUACUUCAUUGGCUGGGGUAUUCCAGGAUUGACGCUAAUCACUUGGUCGCUGUGUUUGCAUUUCAGCAAAUUAAGCCCCUUGGAUUAUAAUGCUGAAACAGUCAAAAUUGCAUACAUUAUAACAGUCCCCAUUAUACUCUGCUUGGUGAUCAAUUUUAUUAUCGUCAUAAACUUAAUCAGGAUCAUUUUGACAAAACUUACUUCAAAGAAUAACACAGAAGCAAGAAAAUUGUGGCAGGUGUCCAAAUCAAUGAUGAUUCUGAUAUUUUUGCUUGGCCCAAUACAUCUUGUGUUUGCUUUCCCGAUGUAUAGCGAUCAUAACCCCACGUUACAUCAUGUGUACAUGGUUUAUAAUAUCGUGGCUCCACAUGUACAGUCCAUUAUCUGUGCCAUUUUCAGUUUAUCAAGUGGAAAGGUACCACAAACCUUCACGCGUCGAUGGUCACGGUUCAAAGACUUGCAGGCGAUCCAAAACAUAACGUCACAAAAACGUAAAAGGUCAUCGAACACCACAGUCUCAACACAAGUCCCUAGUAGCCUUGGCAAGGACGAGUCAGUGUACUUAAAAUUAGAACAAUUAGGGGCGAUAACCGAGGUCACAGAACAAGGGGAGACUAGCAUUAACCACGCAUCCAAGGAGAUCCAAUGAAAUGUUUUAUAGCAAAUUUUCCUUUUUUGCUCUAUACAACUGUAUAUCUGAACAACGGAACGGCAUGAGGAUAUAGACACAACGCGUAAAAAAAAAACUAUGUACUUUUCUGGCACGCCGAGGAUUGCUCAUGAAAAAAACCCUCAUUAAAUAGCUUCACACAUAAAACUUUAAAUAACAGUGUUUUAUAUCGAGAAAAGUCGAGUGUAUGAGGAGCCCAUGAAAUAGUUUGGAGAAAGGAAAGUUGAGUAUGAGCUAGUUAACGUCAAAGGUUAUGUGUAGACUGUAUGUUAUAUGAGAAACGUGUGAUGAUUUAUUGGUGAAAAAGUGACGUUAAAUACGGCUUAAGGGUUAUGAUAUGGGUAAUGAAUAUGGCUUAU